AGCUGAGCGAUCCUCCCGCAUUCCUAGAGAGGACAGGGCCAUGGCUGGAGAGCCGUGUGUGAGGUUUGACAGCCAUCCGGAGACCAUGUCGAGAGGAUGUCUCUGGAGGCCCGGUCUGGGAAGUCACGUCUCUAGCCUGCAAAAUGACUCCCUGCCAAGCCCAGGGGUGCCCGGGGGCCUCCGGGUCUCGGACCCUUAGGUGGACAAGGAAAGCUUCCGGAAGACAUGGUACUCCAUCUGUUCCCUGAGGCGUCCAGCAGCCGCCCAUGGAGAUCCAGUUCAGUUAUGAACCUCAAGGACACCGGCCUCCGGCAGAUGGUGAGACUCAGACCAGGAUUGGAGAGGCAGCUUCAGAAAAGGAAAUCACAGUGAAAAUCGAAGGAUUUGGAGACUCUAAAGAGGAUGUUCUCCAGGAUUCUGAAGACAGAGAAUUCUGUGAAUUUGGGGAUAAGUUAAAUGAAAAGGAUCGGAACCUCAUUGAAGGAAGACAAUACAGCUGUGAAGAGUGUGGACAAGGCUUUUCCUGGAGUACAGGCCUUAUUAGGCAUCAAAGAACCCAUUGGGAGAAACCCUAUGAGUGUGAUAAAUGUGGAAAGGCCUUCCGUGUGAGCUCAGCCCUGGUUCUGCAUCAGAGAAUUCAUACUGGGGAGAAACCCUAUCCUUGUAGCUGGUGUAUUAAAAGUUUCAGUCGGAGCUCAGAUCUUAUUAAACAUCAAAGAGUCCACACUGGUGAAAAACCUUAUAAAUGUGAUGAAUGUGGGAAAGCCUUCAGUCAGAGCUCAGAUCUUGUUAUACAUCAGAGAAUCCAUACAGGAGAAAAACCCUAUCAGUGCAGUUAUUGUAGUAAAAGUUUUAGCCAGCGCUCUGACCUGGUUAAACAUCAGCGAAUCCACACUGGAGAGAAACCUUACACAUGUAACCAGUGUAACAAACAUUUUAGUCAGAGUUCUGAUGUUAUAAAACAUCAGAGAAUCCACACUGGGGAGAAACCAUACAAAUGUGAUGUGUGUGGGAAAGCCUUUAGUCAGAGCUCAGAUCUUAUUCUACAUCAGAGAAUCCACACUGGAGAGAAACCUUAUCCAUGUCAUCAGUGUAGCAAAAGUUUCAGUCAAAACUCAGACCUUAUUAAACAUCGAAGAAUCCACACUGGAGAGAAACCCUAUAAAUGCAACGAAUGUGGGAAAGCUUUUAAUCAGAGCUCAGUCCUUAUUCUACAUCAGCGAAUUCACACUGGAGAGAAACCUUACCCAUGUAAUCAAUGUAGCAAGACGUUCAGUAGGCUUUCAGAUCUUAUUAAUCACCAGCGAAUUCACACUGGAGAGAAGCCUUACCCAUGUAGUCAGUGCAGUAAAAUGUUUAGUAGAAGAUCAGAUCUUGUUAAACAUCAUAGAAUUCAUACAGGUGAGAAGCCCUAUGAAUGUGAUGAGUGUGGGAAAACCUUUAGUCAGAGUUCCAAUCUUAUUCUACAUCAGAGAAUCCACACUGGAGAGAAACCUUAUCCGUGCAGUCAUUGUAAUAAAAGCUUUAGUCGCCGCUCAGAUCUUGUUAAGCAUCAAAGAAUACACACUGGAGAGAAACCAUAUACAUGUCAACAGUGCAAUAAAAGUUUUAGCCAAAGCUCAGACCUCACCAAACAUCAGCGAGUGCACUCUGGUGAAAAGCCCUAUCACUGUAGCAGUUGUGAGAAAGCCUUCAGUCAGAGUUCUGACCUUAUCCUUCAUCAGAGAAUUCAUACUGGAGAAAAACCGUAUCCGUGCACGCAGUGCAGCAAAAGUUUCAGUCAGAACUCAGACCUUAUCAAACACCAGAGAAUCCACACUGGGGAAAAACCAUAUAAGUGUACUGAAUGUGGAAGGGCUUUCAGCCAGUGCUCAGCUCUGAUCCUACAUCAGAGAAUCCACACUGGGGAGAAGCCAUAUGCAUGCGGUCACUGUGACAAAAGCUAUAGUCGGCGCUCUGAUCUCAUUAACCACCAAAGAACCCACACUGGUGAAGAGCCAUAUAAAUAUGAUGCAUAUGGGAAUGCCUUCAGUGCGUGCACAGAACUUACUGAACACAAAAUCCACACCCUGCCAGUGUAUCCAGAGCAGCAGAAGUUUUAGCCAAUCUUCUAAUAUUAAUCAUCAGUCCAUUCUGGUGAAGACAGCCUAAAUACGAUGAAUGUGGGAAAACCUGUUGUGUAUACACCAACUUUAUUUAGUACUGGAGAAGUAAUACCAGAAAAAAAAAUCUUAAAAAUGCCAUUGAUGAGUACAAAAAAGGUUUCAAUCAGUAUUCAGCUCUUACUUUAUGUUUUAAAAAAUAACCCACACUGGGGAGAAAACAGUACUUCAGUUUUUAUCAUGCAAGUUUACCUUGGAGCCAGACAUUACUAAAAUUAAGAAAAAAUCUGGAUAUGGGCAUCUGGUGUAAUGGUUAAGUUGCCACUUGAGACACCUGUAUGCCAUGUAGGAGUGCCUGGGUUCAAGUCCUGGCUCUGCUUCCAAUUUCUAGCUUCCUGCUAAAGAACACUUGGGGAGGCAGAAAGUGAUGGCUCUUGGAUCUAUUUUGAGUUCCUAGCUUUGGCCUGGUCUAGCCAUGGCUGUUGGGAGGAUUUGGGGAGUGAACCAGUAGAUGGGAAAUUUCUCCCUCUCUCUCUCUUUCUCUCUCUCUCUCUCUGCCUUUCAAAUAAAUAAUUUUUUAAAUGUGAUGAGGAGUCCUAUAAGUCAUGAGAAAACUUUUGAUGUGAUUUAAAUUUUGACUGUAUGUCAGCAACAACAGAAGUUGCUGUCUUUGCUAUAAUGUAAGAAUAUCUCUAGUCUUAUUUAGAUAUAAUCUAACAGUAGAGUUGUAUCACUGGAAGAAAUGUAUAACAAUAUUAAUGCAGAAUGUAUCAGGUGUUACAAAAGCCAGUGUGGAGAAGUGGUCAGUCAGAAAGCAAUGUAUUAGUAUUAGGAUUCCAAGCUUUGGUGACCCUAAAUUACCAAUUGCGUAACAAAAUUUAUUUUAGAGACUGUAAGGAAAACUUAAAUACCCUGUUUUUCUUAACUGACACAUACAAUGACAUCACACUUAUCCCCUGACAACUGCAGAGACUUAUUUAAUACUAAUGCUUGAUGUCUAUCUUUAAAUUCCUUGUAUGUGAAUAUACUGUGCUAUUCUGGUAUAAAACUUAUUAACUAGA